ACCACCAUACACCCACUCUCCUGACAGACAGUUUUAGAUGAGUAGCCUGUAGACUGACUAAUUGUGAACAUGUUGACUGGGAACUAGCGGCCGCUCUGACUAAUUAGAGUUCGAAGACAUCAGUAAAUACGCAUCACAUUCCAUGAGGACUUUGCACUUAGAAAUCUAAUAUUUCAGCCAGAGUCGGAGAGUUUGGACUCAGUUUUCAAUUCCUCUACUGCCAAAGUUACUCUGAGGCGUCGACUAUCGUGCACUGAAGGGACAUAACUUUGAAAGAUCAUCAUGCCUCGGUCUUUUCUCGUGAAAAAGUAUUUUACCAACAAGAGACCUAAUUACAGCGAACUUGAAGAUCAAAAUGACGCCCCUAUGGAGAGGUACCCGCUGGCUGAGCUAGCUCCAGGCGACAGCAGCCUGCCCGUGACCUGCAUUACCGCUGGUCUACUAUGGGACGUGAGUCUCCUCCCAGCCCUGCAACUCCCCAUGUCUCCGGCUAGCCUGUCCUCUGCCACGGCUCCCCUGGACCUCAGCUCUCCUUCCAGCUUCAGCGGCACCAACAGCAGCAGCAGCAGCGCCAGCAGUAGUAGUGGGGAGGAAGAUGAGGGGGGUCGUACCUCUGACCCCCCCAGCCCUGAGUCCACAGAGAACUACAGGCCCCCCCAGCGCCAGCGCCGGGCCACCAGCAGCAAGAGCCGGGCAGGUGCUAGGGAUGAGCAGCGGGAGGCCACGGUGGUGACCGCUGCUGCCAGGCCGGCCUUCUUCUGCAAGCACUGUCCCAAAGAGUACACAAGUCUAGGCGCCCUGAAGAUGCACAUCCGCUCACACACGCUGCCCUGCGUGUGCCCCACCUGCGGCAAGGCCUUCUCCCGACCGUGGCUGCUGAGGGGCCACAUCCGCACUCACACAGGCGAGCGCCCCUUCUCCUGCCCGCACUGUAACCGUGCGUUUGCUGACCGCUCCAACCUGCGGGCCCACCUGCAGACACACGCUGACGUGAAGAAGUACCAGUGCAGCACCUGUUCGCGCACCUUCAGCCGCAUGUCCCUGCUGCAGAAGCACAGCUCCGCUGGCUGCAGCGUGCCUACGAUCUGACCGCAAUGCAUUCUGGAAGAACACAGGAGAAAAGGGGGUUGGGUCGGGGAGGGGAAGGUGGUCACCUUUGCCCCCUCCCCCACCCACUUAACUCCCCCACAAACACAUUACCAAAGAAAAACGAAAGCGCCGGUCUGCACCUUUAGUGCAGGCAUUUUACCCACAGCGGAACGAAAGCGCCGGUCUGCACCUUUAAGUGCAGUAAUUUUACCCACAGUGGAACAUUUCUCUCUCGGUACUGGAGAGACUGGGUUUUUUUGGACAGUGGGUUUCUCUGUUGCUGAAAAUGCAAAGCCAAGAAAUGUGUGCCUUCGAGAGCGCGACUGACCAGCAGCUGUUCACCAUUCGGCUGUGACUCCCUCCCUCCCUCGCUCGUUCGCUCUCUCCUUCCCUCCCUCCCACCGUCUCGCUCUCUGUCCCGUCCAUCAAAAGGCUCCCUGGAGCGGCAGACUAGGGAGCGGUGCCCUGGUGGAGAAAUGGUGCUUCUCUGACUAAUUGUUAUUCCAGAGCGGCCUUCGGUGCCGGCUGACGGAGACAACCACCGACCAGGGACAGCUGCCGUCAGGUGGGGGGUGGGUUUGGGGUGGGGGCAAGGCUGGGGGGAAGGUCUGUGUUUUUCUGUCUCCUCUCCUCUUCUCUCUCAGACACAUCCAUGCACACACAUUUAGGCUACUCACUAAUUCUCUCUCUUUCUCACACACACGCACCACACACACACACACACACACGCACACACACGCACAGCUGUUCCCUGUGGUGUAGCAUAAAGACAGGGUGCUAACAGGUGUAGUGGUACUGGCCUUCACAGGGCUGAUAACAGGUGAGUUCCACUUGUUGUUUUGCAAAAGCAGAGCAGAGGGAGAUAGAAUGAUGCAGAUGGGAUGUUGUUGCUGUUUGGUGUAAACUUAGUAGGAAGGAUUAUCACAUAGUUCUUGUGAGACCAAAGAUAUGAACAGACCUCCUUGAGGUCCUUUUUUUUUUUUUAAAAAAAGAAAGAAAAACCUCAUUGGUUAUUUAAAGAUGUGCAUCUGCCAAUGCUUUGUCUGAUUGACUCUGUUUUUCAAGUAAUGCACUCAGAUCUACCACAAAGUGUUAAUGGUUCCCUCCAGAAUCCUGAUAAGAGUUUAAAAGCAGGACAACUGAGAGGAAAUCACCAAGCCAUAUUUUAUACUUUGAUUUGUAUUUCUAUGAUAAGAUGUUAUUUCUUAACCAAAGAAUUGAUUUAAUACCUCAGUAGGUUGUCACAUGUUGGCUGCAGUAUUAGUAUUUGGUGUAAAAUGAAUUUUGAAGUAAUUUACCUUCAUAAUUGGGACCAUUCAGAUGGAUUCGUAAUGAAAACUCUUUCUUGGACCUGAUUGUAGAGCAUUCCUGACUGUUCCUUGUAAUGAUCGGGUCAUGUUGGCUUGCAGGUUCACAGCUUUUGUGUGUCUUAAAAACCUGAUUAUUAAUGGUUUUAUACAUUUCUGAAGUAUUCUGUAAACCAAAAAGUACAGUGCAAUCUCUAAAGUGUUUUUUGUAAUCAUGUUAAAUGUCAAUUUAUAAAAUAUGUGAUUUUCUCUCCCCUUUGCCCUUGCCCCUAAAUUCACAUUUCAAUAAAAUUAUUUAUGUUUG